AUGCACCAAGAACACAACAUCCCCUGGAACCUCCUCGCGCAAAACGUCAAAUUCGUGCACGAGCAUCCGGGGUACACACCGCGCACGACGGGGUUCUUCGCUGUGACUGACCGGCCCAAGCAAGCGAAUGAGCUUAACCAUUUUGUGCGGGUUUUUGUGGCGACGAUCAGGACUUUUAGCGAGACGGAGAGGAGAAAGUAUCCCAGCUCCGACGAAUUCCAAGGGGAGGGUACCGGACAGGGUGCGGGGACUGGAGGGAAGUUGCUGUACUCGGACGAAUUGAAGGCGAGGUACCCCGAGUUCCUUAAUGAAAAGAAUCAGAGGGUGGAGUACUGGAUCGAGAGGAGGCAUGAAUGGGAGGUCGAGGUGGACGUUGGGGAGGGAAAGAAGAAGGUGAAGAAGAAGGAGAUACGAAGAGAGUACGCGACCUCGCACGGAGACCUCGCGGAUGCCGUCAAAGUCCUCAUCAUCGAGAAUCAGAUGGAAGCCCUCUUGAUGCUGGCCAACCACCCCGACGUACCCCUCCACCAACUUUAUUGGUUGAGUUGGGGACACCAUUUUGGGUGGUCGAGGGUGAUGGAAAGUGCGCUUGAGGGGUAUUUGUUUUUCAACCUUGUGGCUGCGAAGGGGCUGUUGGUUAUUGGAGGGGAGGGUGGGCGUGGCGCUGGUGCGAUUGGGAUUGGGAUUGGGACUGGGAUCGGUGGUACAAAGGAGAAGGCGAGGGCAAAGUACACAGAGAUGGACGCGUAUCGUCACCUAGUCGUGAACUCCACCGCAUCCAUGGACUUUCCUGCUCAACAGAUUCCUCAUCGCCUGUUCUUUGGAAAAUCCUAUUCCUAUUGCGUGAAGAACGAAGAUCUUCCGGAGGUACACGAAGAGUACGAAAGGUUGAAGGGGUAUUUGAAGAAGAAUUUCGAGCUGAUGUAUAAAUGCGAUAUGUUGAUGAAGGAGUGCGGACGGGAAGUGGAGUGGGAGAGAGAGGUGGUACAUGUGUUGGAGAGGUUGGUGAGAGGCCUGAAGGUGGAUCAUGGAUGGGAUGAGGACAGUGGGAAGUGGAGGGAUCCGGUUUUUGUUUAA